CAGUCAGUCGACGCAGACAUCGAUUCGCCCCUUGAAGCAACUGCCGAAGCAUGAGUGUCCAGACCGUUCAACCUAGCUUGCUCGCCGUCUUCCGGGUCGGUUGCCGCCGCGCGCGUCGAGCACAUCCCAACCAGGAACCAACGAGGGCGAUGAUGAUGACAAAGAAUCCCAUGCCUCGACCACGCGGCUGGCGAAAUGUCGUGCUCGCUCCCAGAUUGGGUUCCCCCAAAACACAGACAGGCAUCCGUUUCCCUCGACCAGCCUGUCAUGGGCCAAGGGGCUGUCGGUCCGCCCGUGCGUGCAGAUACGACGCGAAGAAAAAAAAAAAAAAAAAGGUCGGCACCCACAUGCUCUGAGUCUCCAACACGUGCCGUGAUGAUAUUGUGAUGGACUAUGUACUAUGUGUUGCCGUCUGUUCGUUUGCCUGCGCUUCCCUUUCCAACCAUCGAUUCCAAAACAUAAAAGCCAUGGAAAGAGAGAGAGAAAACGUCGAGCCAGGAAUAGAAACCGGCGCACAAGAAACAUGUGCCAUGUGGCACAGGCUGAUGAUGGAGGCAGCUGCUGUAUAGUAUUGAUUCUGGAUGCUGUGCGCGCCUUGUACUUUUCGUUCAGGUUGCAACAGGUUGCCUUGUUCAACGUGCAGCCGGUGCAUGGCCAGCCAUGGCACGCACGCACCCCUGGGCAAACCUGGUGAGAAACCGAGAUCUGCCCACCCGCUAGAGCGUUUGCAAUUGCGUAGCGGGCCGGCAGCUUCCGUCCCCUCGAGCGAGCGCUUCCUUUCCGAUACGGCAGCAUCUAGAGAAUGUUGUAUGUAUCUGGUGAUGCAUUCUGCCUAUACGUGCAUGUACAUGUACAGCACAGCACAGCACAGCACAGCGCGCGAUAGUCGUUGGACGGUGCAUCAUCCAUCAGAUGGAUCGACUCGCGCGGAAUGCCUAUCUCGGCAGGAUACAGAUGAUGGCAGCUUGGAGAGUGGUGAGUUGAGGAACAACAGACUGGAUCAUAAUGGCGAUGAUGGGCAGCCGACAUGCUCUGCCGCAGAUGGGCGGCGUCGACAGCCAAGGUCGAUCAUGCUCGAAGCUCUGCGUGUGCGAGCGACGGCGCUGUUCCUGAUUUGCGGUCUGGAACUCGGCUCAACCCAGGGGACAGACAUAGGGCAGGCAGCGAUCAGCACAAACCCAUCCUGCGCGGCGAGGACAGGACAGGACAGACGAAGAUCGCCGUGCCAAAACGUUCUUGGAGGGUGGACGUGUUCGUGGCCCGUGCGAUUUUGAUCACGGCGAGAUUUCAUUCCAUCGAGGGAU